AUAGCACAAACACAGACAAGACUCAUCAUCAUGUCAGAUGAAGUCAAUGCCUUGCUGGACCCUCUCCUCAAUCUCGACACACAUCCUGGUCAGACAGCAGUACCUGAAGAACAAACUGAAUCCUUUCAGGAAGACAAUGUGUUGAUGGAGAAACAGAGAAACUCAGAACUAAAACAGAAUGCCUUAGAAAUCAUUCAGUUAAUCAUGCAAGAAAUGCAAGAAACUCCCCCAGAAAAAUUCAAACAGAGUAGUUUAGUCCAGGACAUUGUUUAUUCAAAGCUUAAUGAGCUGAAGAAAAGAGAGACACUGAGAGAAGUAAAGGAGAACAAUGAAGAAAAGCCAGCAGAAAAAGAAACAAUAAAUUUAGCAAAUGAAACAGAACGAUCAGAAGAUACUGAAGUGUCUAAUGUUGACAUGAAACACAAGAAAAAAUGUCUUGAGGAGCAAAAUAAGCAAACCAAAAAAACAGAACAUCAGGAUGUAAACAUAGAGGAAGAAAGAAAACAAGAUAUUCCUGUUCAGAUAAAAACUGAGGAAGAAAUUAGACUGAUUAAACCAGAGAUGGAAAAAGGAACAGAGUUUUGCAAAACAAACCCUGAAGUUGUUGAAACAGGCUUAUUACAAAACCAGCAUGUUGCUAUUAAGGAAAAAGAGGUUUUCGCACAAGAACCAACUAAAUAUUACUCCAGUGAUCCAAUAAACGAAAUGAAACUCAUAGAAUUUAAUGUUGACAUGAUACACAAGGAAAAAUACCUUGAGAAACUAAGCAAGCAAUCCGAAGCUGGAGAUUCAUGUGAUGUGAACACAAAACAUAAACACAAGGAUGCUAAAAAGGACGAAGAAAGAGAAAUUAAUAUUCCAAUUCAAAAAACUAAUGAUGAUGAAAACAGAUUGUUUAGACAAAAUUGUGAAAAAACAACAGAGAUCCUCAAAACAAACCCUGAGGGUGAUGGAAAAGGUCAUUUACAACACCUGUAUGAUACUAUUUUAGAUAAAUAUGUUUCAACAGAACAACCGACUCAAUCUAACUUCAGUAAAUCGAUGAACAAACUGAAGCUUGAAGAGAAUAAUGAUGAAUUAAUGAAGAUACAGAAGCAGAAGCAGGAAUUGUCCAAUUCCAGUAAACCAGAUACACAUUCUCACAGUACUGCUAAAGAAAAUGUGAGUUUAAAAUCAGCAAACACUGUACAAGUUGAACAUAUAUAUGAAAUGCCUGAUGUUCAUCUCAAUAGUUCUGCUGAAUACAUUAAUGAAAUGGAAUGUGUGAUUGAGCAAAACAAGCAACUGGGCAACGUCACGCUUCAUGUUGCAGUAACAGGUUCAACUGGAGCAGGAAAAUCCAGCUUCAUCAAUGCAAUACGUGGUCUUACAUCCGAUGAUGAAAAUGCAGCUCCAACAGGUGUGACUGAGACGACGUUGGUGCCAACGAUGUACAGACAUCCUACAAUGCCAAAUAUUGAAUUGUGGGAUCUGCCAGGGACUGGAAGUCCUAAAUUUAAAGCCAAGAAAUACCUAAAAGAUGUGAAACUUGAGACCUUCGAUUUCUUUAUCAUCAUUUCCUCAGAAAGAUUCAAGGAAAAUGACAUAAUGCUGGCAAAUGCGAUUAAAGAGAGGAAGAAGCUGUUUUAUUUCCUCCGCUCAAAGAUCGACAAUGACAUUCAUGCUGAAUCUCAUAGGAAAGACUUUGAUGAGCAGAAAGUGCUCUCACACAUUCGUGAGAACUGUCACAGAAACCUGAAGGAUAUAGAUGACCCGCAUGCUUUCCUAAUAUGUUCCUUUGAACUGCACAAAUAUGAUUUUCAGACAUUUGUCGACACAUUGGAGAAGCAGCUGCCUGAUCACAAGAGAGAUGCUUUGAUUUUGUCCUUGCCAAUAUACUCCUCAAAGAUUUUGGAAGAGAAAAUUGAAAUAUUUAUGAAGCAAACCUGGUCGGCAGCUGUUGCUUCUGGCUCUGUGGCUGUGGUUCCAGUGCCUGGUCUUUCCAUGGCUUGUGAUGCUGCCAUUUUGCUGGGUUUCUUUACCAAGUGUUACUAUGCAUUUGGUCUGGACGAAAAAUCAAUAGAUAAGCUGUCUGUGAGGGUCAACAACCUAUCUCUGAAAGCUAUAAGAAGGUCACCUCUAGUGGUCGCUAUUGGGCAAAAGAAACUCACCAACAAGGAGCUGUCGGCACUAACUAGCAAAGAGGCAGCUGUUAAGUUUGCAUGGAGCAUGGUUCCUGUUGUAGGGAGUAUAAAAACAGCACAAAUGUCUUACUCUACAACACUGAACCUUCUGCGAACAGGAGUUCAGGAUCUUGCUGAAACAGCCAGUUGAAAGUGUUGAAAGCUGCAGGAGUGACUGGUGUCUAUUAAAACAAAACA